AUGAGUCAGAGCAGCUUGCCCCCCGAGCCGGCCCCUGCUGAGGGUUCGUUUCACAAGAGAGAAAGUACAGUAGCCGCGGGUGGAGAGGUCGACCCCACCUUACAAGGAGGGGCCGCUUCCCCUCGGCGAUACAGCACGCGGAAGAGUUCGCUGGGCAACGGGGCGCCCGCUGCUGAUCCUCCCCUAGAGGAAGGGCCUGCACAGCUGUCUACUGCGAGUGUUGGUGGUGCUGCUGCAGCAGCAUUCGGCGAUGGUGGGGGUGGCGAGGAGCUGCUGAACGAGGUGAAUUUGCUGCAGCCUCCGCUGCCAUCCUCGGCUUUGACGAUGAGCGUCAGAGAAUACCUCGAAAAAGAAAUCGUUCCGUCACUGCUACCCGCCUUGGCUGCUCUCUGCGAGGAGAGGCCCCCAGCCCCCGUGCAGUAUCUUGCUCACUACCUCUUAGAAAAGAGCUACCAAAACAACCCUAAACCCUAA